AUGAAUGAUACGUUUAGUGAAACCCAGACAACGGAAUUUCUACCCGAGAUACAUUUUGAUAAAGGUGAAGGAAGAUAUGAAGUCAAUCUUCCUUGGAAACAGAACUGUUUUCCAAAGUCAACAGGAUAUGGUAUGUGUGUCAACAGAUUCCGACAACUGCAUUCACGUCUGAAGAAAAACACUCUUGUGGAAGAAUAUAAUAAAGUCAUUCAGCAGCAAAUAAAUAGUGGUAUCAUUGAAUCUGUACCAGAAGAAGGCGACAACGAGGGUUACUACUUGCCACAUCAUGGAGUGUUGAAGUCCGAGAGAGAGACUACAAAACUACGAGUGGUUUUUGAUGGAUCAGCAAGACCGGAUAUAGACAGUCCAUCCAUAAAUGAAUGCUUACAAAAGGGUCCCAACCUUAUACCGCCUUUAUUUGAUACUAUAAUAAAAUUCAGAAGAUAUCCAGUGGGGUUGUUCCUGUUAUUGAAAAGGCCUUUCAUCAGGUGCAGAUUAGUCCAUCCGAUCGUUGUAUACUUAGGUUCCUUUGCUUCAAAGACAUUCGAAAGGACAAUCCCACUAUUAAAAGAUUCCAAUUCCGACGCCUUGUAUUCGGCUUAACACCGAGCCCACCAAUUUUGUCCACUGUGAUACAAAAUCAUAUUUAUCACAACAUGACGAAAAAGGUGCUGUUAUACCCUAGCUGUUUAAAAGAAUCGCUCUACGUUGUCGACUUCGCAGGAGGAGCUGAUAAUGAUCAAGAAGCAUCGGACAUUUACAAUAAAUCUCAAGAGGUAAUGAAGAAGGGUGGAUUUGUUUUGCGUAAAUGGAAUUCGAAAUCCAAGGUUUUACAAGAUCGAAUUGAGAAAGAUACAUUAUCAAACGGAACACAAACGAUAUCAAGUUCAGUUUUCGAAAGUCAAUGAGAGAUUGAUUCAAAACAACAUAGUAAGGAAAUUACGCCUGUCAAUAUAAUAGGAUCUAACUGGGACGUUAAGACUGACAAAUUCCAAUUCGGUGUAAAGGAACUGGUUGAAUAUACCAAAACACUACCCGCUACAAAGAGCUCUGUAUUAAAGGCUUCAGCAAAGAGUUUUGACCCAGUUGGAAUACUUAGUCCAUUUACAGUCAAUCUAAAGAUCUUAUUCCAGUUGCGUUGUUGUGAUCGCGUAGAUUGGGAUGAGAAACUCGAUGAAAAUUCAUUAGCAUGUUGGAACUCGCUUUUACAAGGAUUAGAGUCAAUCAAUUCAAUUUAA